AGGCCCAGAAGAGGAAUGGCCAGUAGCCCACAGAGACAACCCAGAGGGCGGAAUAAUCCACUCCAUGUCCAAGAACCUUUCUUGCAGAUGGCCCACGCCCGAGAGCCCCUCCUGACCCACCAACCGCUGGCCCGGCGUGAGUUCCUCCUCCCCAGUGAGCCCGGGGAGUGGCCCGGCUUCACCCGGCAGGCCUACCACCGGCUGGCCCUGAAGCCGCCGCCUUGCACCGAAACGAAAUCCGAGGUGCGCCGCCGACUGAUCCGCCCUUGGAAGGACGCGGCGCCGCACACGUGGGGCUUUCACACGUGGCUCGAUGUGGGCCGUUUGCCGGCCACCUUUCCCACCAGGCCCGACAGGCCCUACGACAGCAACGUGUGGCGCUGGCUGACGGAUUCCGGGGCCCACGGCCGCCCCCCAGCGGAGCCUCCCAUCCCUCCUCCCUCCUGGAUGGGUCCCAACAGCUUUCUGACCUUCAUCUGCUGUACUCCCAUCUUCGCGGACAACAGGAAGAACCAGGUGACCGUCAGGACGGUGCAGGAACUGAGGGAGCUGGAGAAACUCAAGCUGAGGAGUGAAGCAAGGGCACCUCCCCUCGACGCCAAGGGCAACAUCCUGCCCUCGAAGAAGUUCAAGAAGUACCGGCACAUCUCAGCUGGUGGAAGAUUUGAGCCUGGAGGCCUCCAGCUCAUGCCCAACCCACUUCCCAAUGAUUUCGCCAGGGGCUGGCCCUGCCCAAACCCUCUGCCUCAUUACCAGGAGAAGGCGCUAAAACUGGCCUUCCUGCCUAGUGCACCCCUGAGCCAGGACCUCCUGAGGAAUUACCAAACCCUGAUAGAGAACCGGAUUGCCUUGCCCCUCUAUCAACUCUCCAAGGCACAACCUGGUAAAACCUUAGUGAGGAAGACCAAGAGAAGACCUGGACAGAGCUAGAAAAGCCUCCAGCUGGGCAGGGACCACUGUGGGCUACAGCGUUCUCAACCAAUGCACCUUCAACAAGAAGCUUCUGCAGAACAGAACCUCUGCACCAUCCCUCCAGCUGCAGGCCACCUCUGUCCCCCAGGCUCCUAGAGACUCUACUUAAACUCUAAAUGAUUAUCUGUCUUCCUUGGAGGAUGCUCUCAUAGCAGGUGGAAGGAUUGAAUCAGGUAGAGCAGAGAGAGCAGAGGAGGAUACAGUUUUUAGGGACAGAAUGAGGAGUGGGGAGGAAGAAGGUGUGUGUGUGUGUGUUGGGGUGGGGGGAAAGGCACUGUAAGAAAUGUGAAUAAGAAAUUACCUUUACUCCCAUAAUCCAUUUGGAACAAAACUGGGAUUGGUUAGGGUACAGGAAGCUUCUUAGACAAAAUAACCUCAAUUCCACACCUCCCUAGACCAUUUUAAUGUUGGACAGAGACCAGAAGCAACUCUGCUGGGUUGCAGUUCCCAUGCAGGGUCUGGGGGAGCAGAGCUCAGGCCAAGGCUGGUGCUGGAAGAUGGAAAAGUCAGGUCUGAGGAAGGCUGACCAGGUCUCUGUGGAUGAACAAGAGUACAACAAAGUGGAGAUUCAAGGCAAAAUAGUAGUCACCCCAGAGCAUAAUGUCAGGGCCUUGGGCCUAUGUUGUGGUUGACCCCAAAUGCCUCAGCUUUUGUCAUGGGGGGCCAGAGACAAAAGGCCUAGAGUAGAGACAGGCAAAUCGUGUUGGUCAGAAAUGUGCUGACCCCAGCUGGGGUGGAGAUUGGGUAUGGGAAACCCAGUAGAAGGGGCAGCAGGGAGGUGGCUGGAAGGGGAGAAGUUGUAUGGCGGGGGCCUACCUCACCUCCUCUUGCCCGUGUGACACCCCAAGUUGGUCGUCUUCCUUGGCUGGGAUUCUCCUGGCCUUCUGGCCACUGCCCUCUCACCCACUUUUCUCGGGCCCCCUAGGUACCUGGGAAUCAAAACCCCACCAGGGUUCUCGCCCUGGUUUAACCACUGACCAGCUAUAUGACCUCAGGCUUUCAGUUUCUUCCUUGGCACAGUGGGAGCCAUGGCACAGUGGGAGCCACGAGGGUACAACUAAGGGGAAUAAAUAAAAUAAGUGAAGCACCCGCGAAGUGUCUGAACAUUGGAGGCCCUCCAUAAACGAAGUUAUCAACUAAUCAUUAUUCAUGGGAUGAAAACAAUGGAUGGGCUAUUAUUCAGUCAUAAAAAGGAAUGAAGUACUGAUACCUGCUACAGUGUAGAUGAACCUCGACAAUAUCACACUGAGGGAAAGGAGCCAGACACAAAAGGCUGUAUAUGGUAUG